GCCAGCUGCUCGUGCGUGAGGUCGUACUGACCAAGACCCUGAAUGUACGAUAUCGUACGGCCACGAACAGUACGAUUGUGGGUGGAACGAUAAUCGUCAUCUCACCGGAAGCCAUGCUCUCCCAAAGACCGAUGAUAAUGGCGGAUCGCGCCCUAUUAUCAAACGAUAUUAUUAAUCAGCUACUUAACCUGUAUUUCAGAAGAGGUACAUUUAGUUUUCUUACAGAAACGCCCGCCAAGCGACCCACUCGAGCUCCCUGCGCUGGAGCACCGUUAGUAACUGGGUUACCAGCAAGAGGAGGUGCUGCUUGCUGUUGUGCCAGUGUCUGUCUGGCGACGACAUCCCCUAUUCCUCGCAGCUGCUGCUCCAACAUCAUGUUUCGCGCCUCCAAUGCUCGGAGACGAUCCUCCAUCCCCAACGCGACGUUCCGGGCAUUCCCCUCCUCAACAGCAGCCCGACGUUCUGCAUUACGUUGCUCUCUGGUAGCAUUGCGAUCUCCUAAGUACUUAUAUAUGUUGGUAAGUGAAAGAAAGAUGGAUUGUUUUGAAAUCAGGUUUUUUUUUGGGGGGGAGCAUUAUAUCAUAGGAUGGGUCCUCGCGCAAAGCACUCUUCUUUCUAUGCAUGGUGAGGAUGGAUGGAGCAAAGUCUGCAUAUUCGGUUUCUCUAUUAUGCUUCGCGUUUUACUCAAAACCUCUUUUUUGU